CUGAAACGCCCACGAGGCCCCAGAGAGUCGGUCGCCUCUCAGCGGUCUUCGCGUCGCCAUGGGAGACGAGAGCGUUUGCCUUGGCACCUUCGGCGAGGCGGCACCCCAGAUUGGGCUCCGACUGGUCCCCGGUGACGGUGCCUCCACGUUCGCCAAGAAGGGGACAUUCCUGGCGGAGCUGUCCAAAGCCUCCCCGGUGGAGUUGCUCCUGCCGAAGCUCACUGAACUUCUGGGCGUGCCUUGUAAUGCCGUGACUCUGAUGCAUGAGGGUCGCACGCUGGACACGGAGAAGAGCCUCACGGAAAACGAGAUCACGAUUCCAGGAGCCCGUGCACGACGGGAAGGGGAGAAGGUGCUGCUUUGUUUCGACACGAAGUUUGACGUGAUGCAGGGGGUGGAAGAGGAGAACAAGAAACAAAAAGAGGCCGAGGAGGAAGAGCAAAAAAGGCAACUCCGCUUGCAGCUGGAGCAGCAGAUGCGAGAGAAGAAGGCUCGUGAGGAAAUAGAGCGUGAGGAGGAGCGUCACAAGAAAGCGAAUCGUGCCAACGAGCUCUUCGAGGAACAAAUCGCUACACAGGUGGGCGUCAACCGUGAACAGUAUGAGUUGAUUCUUCGAAACCCUGACCCAGAUGUGAAGAAGCCCAGGCAUUUCCUGCAGCGCUUAGUGCCUGAGCAGGAGCGAGCCUUGAUGCAGCUCUUGAGCGCCAGCGGCGGGGGCGGAGGGGGCACGGUCUGGGCCUAUGAGGUGCACCACCAGGAGCUCCGAGAACGCUAUGAGCGAGCCAAACAGGGCCUCCAAGCGGAUGCUGCCAACAUCAAGCGGAUGGAGUCCUCCACCACGAACUCUUUGCUCAAGCAGACCGAUCUGGGCUUUUUGGGCCCCUUCGACCCAAGUGUCAACGAGUUCUGCCUUUGGCAUGGAACAGCCCGACUGGAAGGAGCUGGUGGAAUCUGUGCCAAUGGAUUUGACAUUGCCUAUGUGGGCUCUGCAGUGGGCACGGCCUGGGGUCAUGGCUUCUACUUUGCAGACUCUGCCAGCACCAGCAUGGGCUACACCGGCGGCGGUGUGCGGGUGACUGAAGUGCAUAGCCGGGUGAAGAUCAUGUUCCUUUGCCGUGUUCUGUGCGGUCGCAUCCGAGAACUCUCAACUGCUCCCAGCCAAGAGCAGAAGGAGGAGUUGACUGCGAAGUGCCUGGGCCCGGGCGGCGUCUUUGGGCCGAAGUCCGAAGUUCACUCCAUCUAUGGUGGACGCUUUUGCUACGUUUGCGCUCAUAAUCACCAAGUCUAUCCUCAGAUUGUGAUGUUCGUGAGCUGAGCAGCCUUACUUCACCACAAAUCUCAACACAGCCAAGUAAGUGGCCUGAUCUGUCUGAGGGAGAUGGAUGGCUUGAGUUGAUGAAUUAUAAAUACAUAUCUCCAGCUCGAACAGCUUUCAGAGGAUGUAUUUGUUGGAGGAUGGCUAUAUGGCAGAUUGUGAAGUGAUUGACAAGUGGGCCGUGUGAUGCCGGGUUUACUUCAUCGGCCUUUGAUUUGGCUCUUGUGAUCCAAUUGUGUUUUGGUGCUGCCAGAC